AUGGUUUUUAAUACAGAUGGAAUUUGUUCAUGCAAGACUAACGAGCUUACUUAUAAUACAACUACUCAUACCUGCAAUUGCCCUUAUGGAGAAUACCCUGACCAGCAAACCGGACUUUGCAGCCCAUGCCAAGAUACUUGUGCAGACUGUGUCUCCUAUAAUAUUUGCCUUUCUUGCAUUGACAAUAGUAUUUUAUAUAAUACUGGUAAAGGAAAUUGCAUAUGCCAAGACGGGAGCAAGGUAUAUAACAAUGUAUCGAAGUCUUGUGUUCCAUGUCCUAAUGGAAAUUAUCCUUCUUUUGGAGUAUGCUACCCAUGUGGAUCUGGCUGUAAUUCCUGCUCAUAUUAUAAUGAAUGUAAUCAAUGCUACACAGGUAUGCAUUUAUCAUCAGAUAACACAGGCUGCAUAUGUAAUAAUGCUUAUACGCUGUUUAAUCCUGUUACAAAUACUUGUGAGGAUUGUGAUCCUGCUCAGCCUGCUUGUGAUGGAAACUGCCUUGAAGGAUGCAAAAUAUGCACAUCUCCUGGAACGUGCCAAACCUGUUAUGAUGCUGAGAAUAUGGUCAGUAAAAAUGGAGAAUGUAGCUGCAUAAAUACAGAUCAAAAGUACAGCUUUACAAAGAGAAAAUGCGUGGACAAUAGCUCAGCACAAGAGCUAGCUUUGGUUUGGGUUUUGGCGCUUUAUGCGGCCAUUUAA